AUGAAGGGCAAAUCCUGAAUAUCAUCUAUUAUCCCGCGUCAUUCACAAGCCAAUCGAAUUUACACGAGUAAAGUAGUGUUUCUGUCUCCCUGGUAACUCACUCAACAAAAUUUGGCCUAUUUUGGAGAAAUAUUCGGAUCUGAGACACAGAGAGAAUGAAUCGCCACCACGAUCCUAACCCCUUCGAUGAAGAAGAAGUCAAUCCAUUUUCGAAUGGUGGUGCUGUGGCACCUGCACGACCACUGACAUCCGAACCUCUGGGUUUUGGGCACAAACAUGAUGCUACAGUGGAUAUACCUCUGGAUGCAAUGAAUGAUCCAAAGAAAAAGGAAAAGGAGCUUGCAGCUUGGGAAGCUGAUCUUAAAAGAAGAGAAAAGGACAUAAAGCGAAGGGAAGAUGCUGUUUCCCAAGCUGGUGUUCCUAUAGAUGACAAAAAUUGGCCACCGAUUUUCCCAAUCAUACAUCAUGAUAUAGCUAAUGAGAUACCGGUUCAUGCUCAGAGGUUGCAAUAUCUUGCAUUUGCAAGUUGGCUAGGCAUAGUUCUUUGUCUUGUUUUUAAUGUUCUUGCAGUGAUUGUCUGUUGGAUCCAAGGUGGUGGUGUUAAAAUUUUUUUCCUUGCUAUAAUCUACAUGUUGCUUGGAAUUCCUCUUUCAUAUGUGUUGUGGUAUAGACCUCUCUACCGAGCAAUGAGGACAGAUAGUGCCUUGAAUUUUGGUUGGUUUUUCAUGUUCUACUUGCUCCACCUUGGAUUUUGCAUUUUUGCAGCAAUAGCUCCUCCUGUUGUCUUUCAUGGAAAGUCAUUAACUGGUAUCCUGGCAGCAAUUGAUGUCUCUGAUCAUAUGGUGGCAGGGAUUUUCUACUUUGUUGGUUUUGGGUUGUUUUGCUUGGAGUCACUGUUAAGCCUGUGGGUUAUUCAGAAAAUUUACUUGUAUUUUAGGGGCCACAAGUGAGAUAUGAAGUGAGGCUGUGGUCCUGUUGGGAAUAUUCAGGGUAGUUUAGUAUAUAUAUACACAUAUAUAUCUUUUACCUUAUAAAUAUUGUGUUUAUCAUUUUUAUGAUUGCUGUAUGGAUUCAUGUGAUGGGUUUGUAUGCUGAGUUAGAUUCUAGUAAAUUACAGUUUUUACUGCCUUGAGAGAGUGAGAAAGAGAGGUCAAUUCAUUAUCAUCGCAAAUCUUUUUUACCUUGUAAUAAUAUUCGCAGUGUUUUGUUAAGCAUAAUAUCAAGUGUUGCAGCCGUGGGAAACUGAUUGAAACUA